AGGCAGCAAGGAAGAGGGAGGAGGCAAUGAGGCUGGAGGAGGAGGUGAGGAAGAGGGAGAAGGCGAUGAAGCGGGAGGAGGAGAAGAGGAGGAUGGCGGAGACGCAAAGACUGGAGGAGGAGGUGAGGUUGAGGGAGGAGAAAAGGAAGAUAGAGGAGGCGAAAAGGAAGGUGGAACUCCAGAAAGUAGAGGUGAAGAAGGACCACGCGAUCAAGAAGGAAGCGGUGCGAACGAUCAAGGCUGAGUCUGUGAAGAGGAAGACGUCCUCCUCCGCCUUUUCCUCCACCUCCUCCUCCUCCUCCUCCUUCCAUGGGUCCAGCUCCCACAGCCUGAUGGAGCUCCGCACCCUCAGGACUAGGAUGGAGUCAGCGGAGGGAUCACUCAACCAGCACAUCCACAUCAGUCUGGGGGACGACAAAGUGCGGGAAUGUGGCCUUCGUAUUACAGAGCUGGAGACGGUACAACGAGACAUUGACGACAUCCAGGGGGACAUCCUGCGUAUCAAGGACAUGAUUUUGAUGGAGGUCGAGGGCAUGGCAGAUGCUGACAAAGCCCAGUUCCUACGCAGUGAUAUCGGGGGAAUCACCCAAAGACUGGGUGUUCUGGACUCCAGCCUCUCAGCUUACCUGCAGAGGCUGCGGGCCCUCAGGAACCUGCUGGAGAGUGUGUCACACGGUGAAGACAUAGUGAAAGUGCAUGAGGCCAGGCUGACAGAGAAGGAUACCACUUCCCUCUCACCUGGAGAGGUAGAGGACUACAUAAUGUACCUCAAGAAUAUGAAGGUUGAGUUGGACCAGAAGAGGGACGUUUUUGACUCCAUGGAGGCAGAGAUGGAAAAGGCGAACAACUGGAACAGCCAGGUGGGCGACUCCUCCCUUAGGUGUGACAUGACCCUGGCCACGUACAGCGAGCUGGUGGGCCAGUUGACAAACCGCUGGAGACGCAUCCAUACCCAGAUUGACUGCAGAAUGAAGGAUCUGGAGUUCUACGUUCCCCAGCUGCAGCAGUACAAGAAAGACAGCACAUCCCUUGAUGAGUGGAUCGACUCCACACAGAAACGCCAGAAGGCCCUGCAGUCCACCAAGAUAGAGGACCUCGAAACUGUCGUCCUACACAUCAGCCAACAGAAGGCACUGAAUUCUGAGAUCAAGGAGAAGAGAAGGACAUUAGAUAGUGUGUUGACCGAGUCUGGGGACUGUGUGAGCUCCAUCAAGGACUACGAAUCAGACCUUGCCGCAUACGGCUCUGGAUUAGAGACUCUUCUCAACAUCCCCAUCAAGAGGACCAUACUGACGUCUCCAUCUACAGAGCUUAAUCAAGAGGCUGUGGAAAUGCAGACUCGCUACAUGGAGCUGUUCACUCUCUCUGGUGACUACUACACAUACCUGGGAGCAAUGCAGAAAAAUAUGGAGGAGCUCAAGAUUCGUAAUACCAGAAUUGAUCUUCUGGAGGAGGAGCUCCGGCUGCUGAAGGGGUCGAUCGAGAGCAACACCACCAAGAACCGGCAGCUGCAGGAUGCUCUUGCCCGUUAUCAGCUGGAGCUCUCCAAUUCCAAAGAGCAGCUGCUGUCGGUGGAGAACGGAAAUGAAGACGAGUCGCGGAAAAGGAGGCUGGCAGAGGAUCGCUACAACAAGCAAAAGGAAGAAUAUGAGAUUCUGCUGAGAAGAGCGGAGAAGAACAUGACAGAUAAGGAGCGUGAGGCUGAGCAGCUGCGACAGAGGCUGGCCGACGAGUCGGCAAGGGUGAGAGAACUGCAGUUGGAGACAUCAAAGACUACGGAGGAUCUUGAGCGCAUCAAGCUAUCUCUGGAAUCGGAGUGCCACAUCAAACAACGUCUACAGGAAGAGAACGAUAGGCUAAAGAAUGAAUUUAGGUUCUUGAAGGACAAAUAUGACAGCCAGGAGAGCAAAACAAGACAGCACGACUCUGACAAGGAUCGCUUUGAACAGGAGAUAAAUGACCUUAAAGGUGAGAUACAGAGGCUAAGAAAGGACUCAGAGGUGAUUAUUUCAAGAAAAACAAUGGCGACUGACCUAAAGGCAGUGAGAGAGCCUCCAAACCUUAUCUUUGAUGGUGUACGCAAAACAGUCACAGCAAAACAGUUACAUGAUUGUGGUGUGUUGGAUGAACUAACAUUUAACAAACUGUUGGAAGGGAAAAAGAGGGUCCCGGCUGUGUCUGUUGACAAAAAGGUAAUUCUUAAAGGGACUGGACCCAUUGCUGGGGUAGUGAUUGCAAGUCAGAAAGGUACAUUCUCCUUGUCUGGGCCCUUAAGUAAAAUGUCCCUGACUGAAGCCAAAAAAGGAAACCUUAUUCCUCUGGAUUGUGCUGAUCUUCUUUUGGAUGCCCAAGCUGCCACAGGGCACAUGAUUGAUCCUAGACUGAAUCAGAAGUUGACAGUGGAGGAGGCCUGCGACCAAGGAUUGGUUGAUGAAAAUGACCGGCAGAGAUUGCUUGCUGCUGAGGCAGCUGCUGUGGGCUACCAUGAUCCUGGAACAGGGCAACCGCUAUCAGCAUUCCAGGCAAUGAAGAAAGGAUUGAUUGACAAAAGCACAGCACUGCGUCUACUUCAAGCACAGGAGUGUACAGGUGGCAUUCUAGAUCCCACGCUUAGUGUAUUCCUCCCAAAAGACAUUGCCAUUGAGCGUGAUCUGAUCAAUGAGGAUAUUUAUCGGGCUUUGAAUCAGAGGCCUGAGCUCUACAUGGACCCAGAGACAGAACUGGGUGCCAGCUAUAUAUCACUGAAAAGGAGAUGCCAAAAAGAGCCAAACACAGGAUUACUGCUUCUUCCAGUCUCCAAAAAGCUAGACCCAUCCAAACUGGUGUUUGACGGUGUACGCAAACCAGUUACAGCAAAGCAGUUAAAUGAUUGUGGUGUGUUGGAUAAACCAAUGUUAGAUCAACUGUUGAAAGGGGAAAUAAGCGUCCAAGAUGUGUCUGUUGACAAAAAGAUAAUUCUCAAAGGGACUGGACCUAUUGCUGGAGUAAUUAUUGCAAGUGCAAAAGGUACAGUGUCCCUUUCUGGGCCCUUAAGUAAAAUGUCCCUGAGUGAAGCCAAAGAAAAAGAUCUUCUUCCUCUCGAUUGUGCUGAUCUUCUUUUGGAUGCCCAAGCUGCCACAGGUCACAUGAUUGAUCCCAUAACAAAUCAGAAGUUGACAGUGGAGGAGGCCUGCGACCAAGGAUUGGUGGCUGAAAACGACCGGCAGAGAUUGCUUGCUGCUGAGGCAGCUGCUGUUGGCUACCAUGAUCGUGGCACAGGGAAACCGUUAUCAGCAUUCCAGGCAAUGAAGAAAGGAUUGAUUGACAACAACACAGCACUGCGUCUGAUUCAAGCACAGGAGUCUACAGGUGGUUUUCUAGAUCCCAUUCUUAGUGUUUUCGUCCCAAAAGACAUUGCCUACGAGCGUGAUCUGAUCAAUGAGCAAAUGGACAAGGCUUUGAAUCAAAGGCCUGCGCUCUACUUGGACCCAACAACAGAGCAAGGUGCCAGCUAUGGAUCACUUAAAAGAAGAUGCAAAACAGAGCCAAACACAGGACUACUGCUCCUUCCUGUCCCUCAAAGGCUAGACCCGUCCAAUUUGGUAUUUGAUGGGGUUCGAAAGCCGGUCACAGCAAAGCAGUUGCUUGAUUGUGGUGUGAUAGACAAGCCAACAUUUAAAGAGCUAUGCACGGGAGAGAAAACUGUAUCAGAGGUGUCUACCGACAAAAUAGUUAGUCUUAAGGGGAAUGGGCCCAUUGCCGCUGUGAUAGUUGGCAAUCAAGUCAAAAUGUCCUUUGCAGAGGCCAAAAAGCAAGGUCUUGUUCCACCAGAGAGUGCUAAUAUGCUACUGGAGGCCCAGGCUGCCACAGGCCACAUCAUUGAUUCUAGAACCAAUCAAAAUCUGACUGUAGAGGAAGCAUGUGACAAAGGGGUGGUAGCAAGGGAAGAUAGAGACAGGUUGCUGGCAGCAGAAGCUGCUGCUAUUGGCUACUAUGAUCGUAGAACAGCUAAGCAUCUAUCAGUGUUUGAAGCCAUGAAGAAGGGAAUUGUGGACAAGAAAACCGCACUUACUCUGCUUCAGGCGCAAGAAUCUGCAGGAGGCAUUCUAGACCCUGUGAAGAGUGUGUUCCUCCCCAAGGAUACAGCCAUAAAACAUAAACUUCUUGAUGAAGAGCUGAAACACGCUCUAAACCAGCAACCUGAGUAUUACAUUGACCCAGAAACUGAGAUGGGUGUUCCCUAUGAAGUUUUGAGGAAAAGAUGCAAGACCGAAUCUCACACAGGUCUGAUACUGCUGCCUAUAUCUGAAAAGCAAGACCCAAGCUUAAUCAUCUUUGAUGGUGUCCGCAAGCCAGUCAACGCACAGCAGCUGCUUGAUUGUGGUGUUCUGGACAAGCCAACAUUUAAAGAAUUAGUAAAAGGAGACAAAACUGUACCACAAGUUUCUCUGAUCAAGAGAGACAGUCUAAAAGGUACUGGAUGCAUUAGUGGGGUAAUCGCUGGAAAGGUAGGCAAAAUGUCCUUUGAUGAUGCCAAGAAACAAGGUCUACUUUCAAAAGAGAGCGCUGAUCUGUUAUUAGAGGCUCAAGCAGCCACAGGCCACAUUAUUGAUCCUAGAAGCAAUCAUAGUCUGACUGUGGAAGAAGCAUGUGAUAAAGGGGUGGUGGCUAAGGAAGAUAGAGAGAGGUUGUUAGCAGCAGAAGCUGCUGCUAUUGGCUACAAUGAUCGUAGCACGUCAAGGCCUUUGUCAGUAUUUGACGCCAUAAAGAAGGGACUGGUGGACAUGAAAACUGCACUAACACUGCUUCAGGCCCAAGAAUCAGCUGGAGGCAUUCUAGACCCUGUGAAAAGUGUUUUCCUCCCCAAGGAUACAGCCAUAAAACAUAACCUUCUUGAUGAAGAGCUGAAACACGCUCUAAACCAGCAACCUGAGUAUUACAUUGACCCAGAAACUGAGAAGGGUGUUACCUAUGAGUCUUUGAAGAGACGAUGCAAGACCGAAUCUCACACAGGCCUGAUACUGCUGCCUAUUUCUGGCAGACAGGACCCAAACAAACUCAUCUUUGAUGGUGUCCGCAAGCCAGUCACCGCACAGCAAUUGCUUGAUUGUGGUGUGUUAGACAAGCCCACAUUUAAUCAGCUAUUGACGAAGGAGAAAACUAUUCCAGACGUAUCCAAAGACAAAAAGACCAGUCUUAAGGGUACUGGGGCCAUAGCUGCUGUGAUAGCUGGCGAUCACGGCAAAAUAUCAUUUGCAGAAGCCAAAAAGCAAGGACUAAUUCCAACCGAUAGUGCUAAUAAGCUAUUGGAGGCGCAGGCUGCAACAGGCCACAUCAUUGAUCCUGAAACAAAUACAAAAUUGACUGUCGAGGAAGCAUGUGUCAAAGGGGUGGUGGCUAAGGAAGAUAGAGAACGGUUGUUAGCGGCAGAAUCUGCUGCAAUUGGUUACAAUGAUCGGACAACAGCCAAGCCUCUUUCAGUGUUUGAAGCCCUGAAUAAGGGAAUUGUGGACAAGAAAACCGCCCUUACACUGCUUCAGGCUCAAGAAUCUGCAGGAGGCAUUCUGGACCCGGUGAACAGUGUUUUCCUACCCAGAGAUAACGCAAUAAAAGGCAAACUUAUCGAUGAAGAGCUGAAACGCUCUCUAAACCAGCAGCCAGAGUGUUACAUAGACCCAGACACUGAGAAGGAUGUUACAUAUGAGUCAUUGAAGAGAAGGUGCAAGACUGAAUAUGACACAGGUCUGCUACUUUUGCCUAUUUCUGGAAAGCAAGACCCAAACAAACUCAUCUUUGAUGGUGUCCGCAAGCCAGUCACCGCACAGCAAUUGCUUGAUUGUGGUGUGUUAGACAAGCCCACAUUUAAUCAGCUAUUGAAGAAGGAGAAAACUAUUCCAGACGUAUCCAAAGACAAAAAGAUUAGUCUUAAGGGUACUGGGGCCAUAGCGGCUGUGAUAGCUGGAGAUUACGGCAAAAUGUCAUUUGCAGAAGCCAAGAAGCAAGGACUUAUUCCAACCGAUAGUGCUAAUAAGCUUUUGGAGGCACAGGCUGCAACAGGCCACAUCAUUGAUCCUGAAACAAAUAAAAAAUUGACUGUAGAGGAAGCAUGUGUCAAAGGGGUGGUGGCUAAGGAAGAUAGAGAACGGUUGUUAGCCGCAGAAUCUGCUGCAAUUGGUUAUACUGAUCGGACAACCGCAAAGUGUCUUUCAGUGUUUGAAGCCCUCAAAAAAGGUAUUGUGGACAAAAAAAACGCUCUUACUCUGCUUCAGGCUCAAGAAUCUGCAGGAGGCAUUCUAGACCCGGUGAACAGUGUUUUCCUACCCAGAGAUACCGCAAUAAAAGGCAAACUUAUCGAUGAAGAGCUGAAACGCUCUCUAAACCAGCAGCCAGAGUGUUACAUAGACCCAGACACUGAGAAGGAUGUUACAUAUGAGUCAUUGAAGAGAAGGUGCAAGACUGAAUAUGACACAGGUCUGCUACUUUUGCCUAUUUCUGGAAAACAAGACCCAAACAAACUCAUCUUUGAUGGUGUCCGCAAGCCAGUCACCGCACAGCAAUUGCUUGAUUGUGGUGUGUUAGACAAGCCCACAUUUAAUCAGCUAUUGAAGAAGGAGAAAACUAUUCCAGACGUAUCAAAAGACAAAAAGAUUAGUCUUAAGGGUACUGGGGCCAUAGCUGCUGUGAUAGCUGGAGAUUACGGCAAAAUGUCAUUUGCAGAAGCCAAGAAGCAAGGACUAAUUCCAACUGAUAGUGCUAAUAAGCUAAUGGAGGCGCAGGCUGCAACAGGCCACAUCAUUGAUCCUGAAACAAAUGCAAAAUUGACUGUAGAAGAAGCAUGUGUCAAAGGGGUGGUGGCUAAGGAAGAUAGAGAACGGUUGUUAGCCGCAGAAUCUGCUGCAAUUGGUUAUACUGAUCGGACAACCGCAAAGUGUCUUUCAGUGUUUGAAGCCCUCAAAAAAGGUAUUGUGGACAAAAAAAACCGCUCUUACUCUGCUUCAGGCUCAAGAAUCUGCAGGAGGCAUUCUAGACCCGGUGAACAGUGUUUUCCUACCCAGAGAUACCGCAAUAAAAGGCAAACUUAUCGAUGAAGAGCUGAAACGCUCUCUAAACCAGCAGCCAGAGUGUUACAUAGACCCAGACACUGAGAAGGAUGUUACAUAUGAGUCAUUGAAGAGAAGGUGCAAGACUGAAUAUGACACAGGUCUGCUACUUUUGCCUAUUUCUGGAAAACAAGACCCAAACAAACUCAUCUUUGAUGGUGUCCGCAAGCCAGUCACCGCACAGCAAUUGCUUGAUUGUGGUGUGUUAGACAAGCCC